CAUGAAACGAGAAGCUCCUAGAGACCGAGAACUUCGCUGUAGCGAUGAUCGUGGAACCCUUCAACACCCAGAAGAAUUCCUCGACUAGAAACAAACUCCAACAGCUCUGCGUCGGCGUAAAACUUCAAUCGCGAUGUACAGUGACCUCCUUGUGCAUUUUUGAAAGCGAAUGGCGGAGACGCACAAGACGUCCCCCAGCACGUUCACAUCAACUUCGAGUAGGUGGUCAGCGUCCGGUCGACCAACGACAGUAUCAAGCGGUGUCGACGGCGGCAAACCAGUAAAUAACUCAGCUGGGGAAGGAUCACCUAGCGACUGCACCGGAGUAUGGUUCAAGUUGGCCUGCAGCGGAUGUAGCCGCUAGGGCGAUUCGUAAAAAUCGAGUCCGUACUCCUUUAAAUGUUGCA